AUGUCGGUUUCGCCACUAAACUCGUUUAUUAGAGCAUCGGAUGCUCUUAUUGCAUUCGGGGCUAUGUUUAGUAAUUUUGACGAAGAAAUUCAUACGGUUUAUACUUUGGAGAUUCAGAGUCAAGAGUUAAAAACACUUUGGGGUAAAGUUAAGACGACGUAUAAUGAAUGUCUUAACUCUUUAGAGUCCGAAGAAUUUGAUGUGGCAGCGGCUAAAUAUAAAGCUACCUACACAGCGUAUAUCCAAUGCGGAGGAUCUAUCCAUGAAUUCAAAUCUGCUUUGAAAAGCAAUGAAUCUCCAACGGUAAAUUCGAACUCCGGUAAUACAGAUCAUAAUCUAGCACUACCUCCUUGUGAUAUUGAUUCAUUCAGAGGUGAUUAUGUUUCUUGGCCCGCUUUUGGGGAUUUAUUUACCGCAAUUUUUAUUAAUAGCUCGCGGCUUAGCAAUAUAGAACGGCUUUGCCAUUUAAUAAGAAAAACCGAGGGUGAAGCAAAAGAAAUCGUUUCUAAAUAUCCACUUGUUAACGCAAGUUUUGAAUUAGCCUGGCGCGAUUUAAAGGAAGCAUAUGAGAAUCCUCGUAUGUUGGUACAUAACCAACUAAAAGUUAUUUUUGGCCUUCCUUUCCUUGACAAGGAAUCGAUAACAGCACUCAAAACACUACAACGCGGAAUUAAUAGUUGCCUUUCGGCUCUUUCUAUUUAUAAAGUGCCUACGGAUAAUUGGGAUCCAAUUAUAAUUUUUAUGUGUAUUCAACGUCUGCCUAGAUCUACAGUUAUUUUGUGGGAACAGGGUGUUAAAAACAAAACUGUUUUGUCUACAUGGAAAGAUUUCGAUAACUUUUUGACAGAAAGAAUUCAGACAUUGCAAUGUCUUCAAGAUCUUAAAGGUACGAACUCGACUGACGUCGACUCUUCAGUGCAUUCAAAUAGUUCUACUAUUACUAAACCUUCAUGUAUCUUAUGCCCUAAUCAGUCACACUAUUUGCGAAAUUGUCGUCGAUUUAAAAAUCUUUCAGUAUCUGACAGAAUUUCUACUGUGAAUGAUUAUAACUGCUGUACUAAUUGCCUUUCGAGGACACAUAAAGUCAGAAGUUGUACAAUCAACAAUAACUGUUUUAUUUGCAAUAAUCGACAUCAUUCUAUGCUUCAUCUGCAGCAUACAGAUAAUUCUAUAUUUGAAAGACCUACUGUUUCUACUGAACGGAAUUCCAGUGAGGUUCUACGACCCACUAACUCUCACACUCGACAAUCGCAUACGUCCAAUAAUGUUACUUCUAAUCCACAAGUAUUUCAUACUAGACAGAAUCAGUCCGUUUUGUUAGGGACUGCAAUGGUAAACAUAAUUCAUAACAGCCAUAAGUAUCAGGUCCGUGCUUUAAUAGAUUCGGGUUCAGAAUGUUCUUUCAUUUCUGAACGUUUACGAAAAAUAUUAAAACUUCCCACUCAUUCUUCGAAUUCUAACGUUUCUGGCGUUAAUAAUGUGGUUUUUGGAGUUUCAAAGUUUUGUCCUUUGGAAAUUAGUUCAGAUUUAGAUUCUUCAAUAAAACUAUCAACUAACGCAUUUGUUUUACCAGAAAUAACAGGAAAUUUGCCUUCGACUUCUGUAAAUGUCGAUAUUGGAAAAUUAUUGCAAAAUCUUUGUUUGGCUGAUUCGAAUCUUUUUACCAGUAGGCCUGUAGAUAUUCUUAUCGGAGCAGAUUUAUAUCCGCGCAUUAUUUUACCGGAAAUACAACAAAACGUAUUAGGGUCGUUAUUGGCACAGAGAACUAUAUUUGGUUGGAUACUGACAGGUCCAGCUAAUCCUAGGGAUUUUGAAACAUAUAUCGACAAUUUAACGUAUUCUACGUGGUCUAACGCUUUUUAA